UGCGCUGCGCAGGAUAUCCGCCAUUUUCUUCCCCUCCGCGGAACCGAGUAGAAGCGUCGAACCGAUCUCUCUCUCUCUCUCUCUGUCACCGGGCUUUAGAUAGAGAUGCCGGCCCAUCCGCUGCGUGUCGCGGUCGUGUGCUCCAGCAACCAGAACCGCAGCAUGGAAGCGCACAACAUCCUGAGCAAGCGAGGGUUCGAUGUGCGUUCCUUUGGCACAGGAACACAUGUGAAGCUCCCAGGACCCGCGCCGGACAAACCCAACAUCUACGACUUCAAAACCACCUACGAGCAGAUGUACAACGACCUGGUGCGGAAAGACAAGGAGCUAUACACUCAGAACGGGAUCCUGCACAUGCUGGACCGCAACAAGCGCAUUAAGACACAGCCCGAGCGCUUCCAGAGCUGCAAAGAGCAGUUUGACCUGGUGAUCACGUGUGAGGAGCGUGUGUACGACCAGGUGCUGGAGGACCUGAACUCACGCGAGCAGGAGACCUUUCAGCCCGUGCACGUCAUCAACGUGGACAUCCAGGACAACCACGAGGAGGCAACUCUGGGAGCGUUCCUCAUCUGUGAGCUCUGCCAGUGUAUCCAGCACACUGAUGACAUGGAGAACGAGAUGGAUGAACUUCUGCAGGAGUUUGAGGAGAAGAGCCACCGGCCGUUCCUUCACACCGUCUGCUUCUACUGACCGUUGCCAUGGCAGCAGCGUAGCGGCGCAACCGCGCGCUCAUUUACACGCAGAAACUCUGACGCGACACGCACAUCCAGCUGGUCAGGACUGCAACCCUGUCGCUGGCAGUCGUGCGUUUCUCUGUCUCUCUUAUUCUGUCUACAGCUUAACCUCAGAAGGAAAGAUGGUCACCGCGGCUCAACGCUAACUCUGACGCAACGCCUGAGGUUACGAUGAGCGUGCGUAGACUUCGAAUGCUGAAUCCUGCUGUAAAUGGAACUGAAGAUCAUUCAGAGAGACCGAAACGGUUCUAGAGUAAAACUAGCGCUGUCGCGAGAACCUGGUUUUGCGACAAACUCGUUAGCGAAGAAACCCUACAGUUAUUAGUAAGGGUUUUCCUGCGUCUAACGGGUCUGUUCCAGCUGGACACUGACUUUAUCUGAUCACAUGGUUAGAAAUGUUUUAUUUAGAUGAUGUAAUGUUUCAGAACUCUGGCAGACGGGAUCUCAUGAAUUUAUUUCGUCAUUAUUUAAACAUGGGAUUUGAUACCUGAGCCCUGAGGAAAUUUUGUUUUUCUUUAAUUUUGUGAAUGAUAAGAUGAUUCUGUACAUGAAGCAGCCCAGAGUGCCUGAAAAUAUUCUUGUAAAUAUUGCUCUAUGAUUGAAUGAAUAAAGCGUCAAUGAAUAUCA